AUGGUGGAUGAGGCUGUGGUCAACAUGAUCAUCAAGGACUCCCAGCCGUUCUCCGUUGUGGAGGAUGUGGGCUUCAGGGAGCUCAUGCACCUAAUGGAUCCCAACUAUAUUCUCCCCAGUAGAAAGGCUCUGAAAGCAAUGGUGGAUAUAAAAUAUCAGGAGGCCAAGGAGAAGGCCAGAGAGCAGGUCCAGAAGGCUGUGGCUGUCAGUCUCACGUCUGACAUGUGGACGUCCAUCAAUAUGGACGCCUACCUGGCAGUGACGUGCCAUUUCAUUGACGAUGAAGACCAGCUCUGCACUACUCUGCUUGGGGUGCAACAUUUUCCAAAGGCCCAUACAGCAGAAAACCUUGCAGCGGGGCAUGUACAGCUCAUGGAGGAGUGGGGCAUCAGAGAUAAGGUGAAGUGUCUUGUCACUGAUGGCGCAUCAAACAUGAACGCUUGUGUGAGACAGCUAAAUGUGAGGCAUGCAAUAUGCAUUGCUCACACAAUAAACCUUAUUGUUCACAAGUCCUUCGAUGAUGUGGAAGGACUAAAUGAAUUAAGGCAGAAAUGUAGGAGGUUGGUGACCCUCUUCCGCACAAGCACUACUGCGAAAGAGCGACUGGUCCAAGUGCAGGAGCAGAUGGGAAGGCAGCCCUACAAAAUGAUAAUAGAGGUAGACACGCGUUGGAACAGCACAUUCCUUAUGUUGCAGCGGCUGUAUGAGCUAAGAGAGCCAGUGGGGGCAGCCCUGGCCUCACUGAAAACAGACAUUACCCCCCUUACAGCAGCUGAGUAUGACUCUGUGAACAACACUCUGAGUGUACUCGCCCCAUUCCACCAAGCAACAGUUGAGGUUUCUGCUGAGAAGAGGGUAUCCUCCUCAAAAGUGAUACCUCUCAUGAAGAUGUUGCAUCAUGCAAUAACAAACAAGAUGCACACAAUGAAUGCAUCCACCAUUGCGAGGCAGCUGGGGGACAACCUUGUUCGACGUCUGAGGGACCACAUGAGUUCUUUGGAGUCAGCAGGUGGCCUGACAAUGCCAACUUUAUUGGAUCCAAGAUUUAAAAAAUUAGGAUUCGAAAAUGCAACCAGGAGACAAGAAGCAGUGAACCGGCUGAAAAAUGAGUGUGCAAAUGUAAUAAGGCAUGAAGCCUCAUCUGCCCCCCCAGACCAGCUGCAAAACACUCGCGUGGCUCAAUCUGGUGGCAAUAGUGAACUUUGGUGGCUGUUGGAUGACGCCAUAAACAGCAGCGGGAGCAGCUCAAGUGUGGUGGCAGAUGCCGUGAUUGAAGUGGAUCGUUACUUGGCAGAGAUGAAUAUUUCAAGGGAUGAGGAUCCACUCGUAUAUUGGCAUGGACAUAAAGCCAUGUAUCCACACCUUCACAAACUGGCAGUAACCUGGUUAUGUUCGCCAGCGUCUUCAGUGCCAUGUGAGAGGGUUUUUUCGAAGGCUGGAGAAGUGUUGUCUAAAAAAAGGAACCACCUGAAUCCAAAAACAUUGGAAAAACUAGUGUUUUUGAAUAAAAAUACAAACUCUUGA